AAUCAUGAAGGUCUUUGCUCUUGUCGCUGUGUUGGUGGGCGUGGCCGCCGCCCUUCCCGGCCUCCGUCUGCGUCGCGACUCGUCUCCUCUGCGCUUCGAGCUGCCCUCCAACGCCUCGCUGGUUCUGGGUGGAAUCAACACCGGCUUCGACUGCGCCGAACUCCCCUACGGUUACUACGCCGACACCAGCAACGACUGCGCCCUGUUCCACGUGUGUCUGCCCUACAUCGACAACAACGUGUAUAUCACCCGCCACUUCUCGUUCAUGUGCGGCGAGGGCACCAUGUUCGACCAGGAGCGUCUCGUGUGCGCUUUCCCCGAGGAAGCCCUUCCCUGCUCCGAGGCCGCCGCCUUCAGGAGGUCCAACGAGUACUUCGGGCGCUCCGACGUCAACUUCCUGGAGUAAUAGAGCCCAGACCUUCAAUCAUCACCCCAAAGCCCAUAAUAUCAUCUUUAUUAAACAACCAUUUUUAUAUCGAUCCGAUUUCCGAUAUUAAAAUCUGAAUCAUA